AUGCCAAAUGAAAUUGAGAGUUAUGUCCAUCGUGUCGGAAGAACUGGACGGGCUGGUAAAAAAGGAACAGCAAUUACUUUCAUUAAUGAUAAAACCCAAAAUUUAAUACCAUCGUUAGUCUCAUUAUUAGAAGAAGCAAAACAAGAAAUCCCAGACUGGCUAGAAGAAAAGGCACAAGAAUACAGAAAACCAUUUGGCUCAAAAAGAGGUAGAAAAGGUGGGUUUAAUAGAAGAGGAGCUGGAAGGUUUGGAGGAAGAGACAGAAGGUAUGAAAGAAGAAGAGAAGAAGAUUGGGAUAAUACUAGGUCAAUUAGUACACCAAUAAAACCUCAUUUGUUCGAUUAA